AGUAUCAGGAAAAAAUGAAGCUCCAUUAAUAUUCUUUUUUAUCAUCUCUUUCCUCUUUUGGGCAGUGUUAGAAUUAUGCAUUCGGAGAGUGCGAGUGUGAGUGAGUGGUGAUUUAAUGGCAGUUCCUGCAAUUAAACAUGGUGAAUUGGUGACCUUGCUAGAUUUGCACCCAUCAUCUCCUUUCUUUAAGCAAGGAUCUUCAAUUAGAAUCACUGGGAAGCUACAAGAAUAUACUGUGGAUACGGCCAUAGCUCGUAUUGCUGAUGGGAAUGCCAUUCUGAAGAUUGACACUCAGCACUUAAGUGACCUAAGCUUCCGAAUUGGUUCUGUCUAUCAGUUCAUUGGCGAACUCCUAAUUCAACCUGAUGAUGAGGCAAUCUUGCAGGCACGUGUAGGUAGGAAUGUUGAUGGCAUUGAUCUCAACCUAUAUAAUCAGUCUCUGCAGUUAUUAAGACAGUUCGAAGCUGACCACAUAAGAAACUCAAAAGCCUGACGCAUUAUUGAAGUCUGGCAAAGAAAAAUAUUUUCAAAAUUUCCUUCCAUUUCCCAUCUUUUAUUUUACUCCUGUAAUGUGGGUUGUGAAAUUGCUUUGAAUGUGAAUAUUAACAACCCCAAAAUUAUCCAUAUGUCACAUCUACGGGUUUGUCGGUGGACUCUUUUACUUUUUGACUUUCUACUUGUUUCAAAUGAAUGUACAAAGCACUAAACCUAUAUGGCUGUUUUGCUUUUUGCACCAUUAUGAGGCGGGCAUGCCAUAGUUGUGAAUGCCAUGUUUGCUCUUUCCUUA